AUGUAAUAUAUUUAUGGAUCCUUCAUAGAUGGAUGGUAUAAUCUUAGAUUCUUUCUUAAUUCUUAUUUUUAAGAUAGUGAGAAAAGAUUGAGACAAAUAUCAAAUAGUAUUUAUAUCCUAAAUCAUUUAAUAAAUGAUGAACUUGAAGUAGAUGUAAUUUAAUUACAUAUAUAUUAAUUGAUAGUAAAAGAUGGAGAAAUUAAAGACUUUAUUUGAAAGCACUAUAUGGUUUUCAUAUAGAACCAAAAUACCUUAAUUAUAAUGUUUAAAUUAUAUAAUAGAUUUAAGAUAGUACACUUACAUCAGAUACAGGAUGGGGAUGUAUGCUACGUGUAGGAUAGAUGGCUUUAUGUUAAUAGAUCAAAUACUUUUAUAAUUUAAACACUUAAUAGGAAUUGACAGAAUUAAUUUAACAAUUUGCAGAUAAUGAUGAGGAAGAAUUGUCUUAAUUUAUAAAUCGUAAUGAUGGGGAUUUGACAAUUCAAUAUAAAUCACCUUUCUCUAUUUAAAAAAUUGUAGUUUAAACAAAAUAAGAACUUUAAAAAUUACCAGGAGAAUGGUACAAACCAAACGAUAUUUUAUUUGUAUUGAAAUACCUAUUUCGAUAUUCUAAAUGUAUAAUGAAUUUAUUUAUAAAAUAGAUUAAAAGAAUCUUAGAAUAUAUAUAAAUCAUGAAAAUGCAUUUAUUUUAAGUGAUAUAAUUAGUUUAAUGUUCAAUACAAAUGGAGGUGAUGAAGAAUGGCUUAAAGAAUAAAUAUAAAAAGGUUAAAAUUAAUCACAUUAAUUUGGAGUCUCAAUCUUUAUAUUAACAAGAAUUGGAUUGGAGACUUGUAAUCUAGAAUAUCUAAAGGUUUUAAAUGAAAUAAUGACAUACCCAUAAUUCUAAGGAAUUUUAGGUGGAUUUCCAAAUAAAGCAUUAUAUAUCUUAGGAAGGGUAGGAGAUUAUUAUAUCUAUUUGGAUCCUCAUUAUGUUUAAUAUGCAUAAACAUAUUAGGAAAUGGAAAAUGAUAAAUCAUCUUAUGCUUGUUAAAAUAUUCAAUUAAUAGAUAGAACAUAACUUGAUCCAUCUAUGGCAAUAUCAUUUUGUGUAAAAAAUGCAUUAGAUUUGUUAGAUUUGUGGAGAAGAGUAAUAUAAAUAUUAUGAUUAUCUAGUUAAAAUAAUCAAAAUCUGAGAAUGGAGAGUCAUUUUUUAUUGCAUUAACAGAAACCCAUACAUUUUACUAGUUGGCAUAGUCUUAUUAUUAUGGAAGUGAUGAAGAUGAAAUUGUCACAAUUCUUAAUUGA